AGAGGAAGUGAGGCUGGUGAGGCUGGUGAAGCUGCGCUCGCUGGGCGGUCAGAGGGGACGGGAAGCACCAGAGGGGAACCGGACUCGACCUGCUGGUGACUGCGCCAUCCGGGACCGUCUUGCCUGGCCGCAGGUGCCCUGGAUGAGGCCGCCUGCGCGCCCCGGAACGAUUUUAUAAUCGGUGGAUAAAGUGGGAAAAAUGUGAAAUAACUUCAAAUACAGGUUUCAGAAUCUCUUUGGUCAUGAGGGAGGAAGCCGUAGUGAAAAUGUGGACAUGAACUCCAAUAGAUGUUUGUCUGUCAAAGAGAAGAACAUCAGCGUAGGAGACUCAACUCCUCAGCAACAAAGCAGUCCCUUAAGAGAAAAUGUUGCCUUACAACCGGGAUUAAGCCCUUCAGAGAAUUCUUCAAGGAGAAAUCAAAACUGUGCCACCGAAAUCCCUCAAACUGUUGAAAUAAGCAUUGAAAAGGAUAAUGAGUCCGGUGUUACCCCAGGAAAAAGGCUUGCACGAAGAGGUUCCUACUCUCGACAUGCUCCAUGGGGUGGGAAGAAAAAACAUUCCUGUUCUACAAAGACCCAGAGUUCAUUGGAUACUGAUAAAAAGUUUGGUGGAACUCGAAGUGGACUUCAAAGGAGAGAGUGGCGCUACGGCGUAAGUUCUGUACACGACAUGGACAGUGCUUCCAGCAGAACUGUAGGAAGUCGCUGAGACAGAGGUUGUGGGCUUGUGUUUUCCCAUGAGAGCUUACCGCAAGCACUCAAAGCCUCUCCUUUCCAAUGAAACAAAAAUUCAGGCCGGGCGCGGUGGUUCACGCCUGUAAUCCCAGGCUUGAUCACUUGAAGCGGGUGGAUCACUUGAGGUCAGUAGUUCGAGACCAGCCUGGCCAAAAUGGUGAAACCCCGUCUCUGUGGUGAAACCCCUGUCUCUAUUAAAAAUAGAAAAAUUAGCUGGGCGUGGUGGCGCAUGCCUGUAAUCCCAGCUACUCGGGAGGCUGAGGCAGGAAAAUGGCUUAAACCCAGGAGACGGAGGUUGCAGUGGGCCGAGAUCACGCCAUUGCACUCCAGCCUGGGCAACAAGAGUGAAAUUCCAUCUCAAAAAAGAAAAAAAAGUCAUCUUUUUGAAUUAAUGCUUGAGAAAUGCCCCUUUCCUGCUGGCUCAGAUUUAGCCCCAAAAUGGCAUUUGAUUAAACAGCAUACAGUUCCUAUAUUCAACAUUUUUUGAUACAUUUGAUCCAUCUUUAGUUUCUAGAAGAUGAAGAUAGGCUUAGAGAGAGAAGGCGGCUUAGUAUUGAAGAAGGGGUUGAUCCCCUCGCAAUGCGCAAAUACAUACGUUUGAAGCUACUGCACAGGUUAAUCCAUUAUGUAAACUGAGGCCAAAGUUAGCUCCUGGAAUGACUGAAAUAACUGGGGACAGUUCUGCAAUUCCACAAGCUAAAUAUGACUCAGAAGAGGAUACAACCACCCUGUGUUUGCAGUCACGGAAGCAGAAGAAUCGUUAGGUAUCUCGAGACAGCCAUGCUCGUGUUAGCAGACAGAGAGUUUGGAAAGUCCACACACAGACUGAUUACAUACACUGUCUAGCGCCUGCUUUGCUUCAAGUUACAGGGAAUCCCUAUUACUGGGGAGUGAUGGACCGUUAUGAAGCAGAAGGCCUUCUUGAAGUGAAACCUGAGGCCUGAAAGCGCGUUUUUGCUCAGGGACUCUGCGCAAGAGGACUACCUCUUUUCUGUGAGCUUAGCGGAGGCAACAGAUCCCUGCAUGCCCGAAUUGAGCAGUGAAAUCACAACUUUAGUUUUGAUGCCCAUGAUUCGUGUGUAUUUCACUCCUCCACUGUAACAGGACUUUUAGAACAUUAUAAAGAUCUCAGUUAGUGCAUGUUUUUUGAACCAUUGCUUACUAUAUCACUCAAUGGGACUUUUAGCCUGAAGUAUAUCGGUGGCGCGGUAAUCUACAGGUGCACUAAGUAUGAUGGGAUUGAUGGGCUCCCUUUACCCUCCAUGUUACAGGAUUUUUUAAAAGAGUAUCAUUAUAUACAAAAAGUUAGAGUUCGCUGGUUAGAAUGAGAACCAUUCAAGGCAAAGUAAACAUAAACUCUCCUGCCCCAAAGGGUGUUAACUAGGUCCGCUUUCAU